UUGGGCGUUCGAACUCGACUGCAUACAAUCAACCCUAAGGAUCGUACUGUAGCCAGUCUUUACGGCACGUUGGACCCAGUAAGUCGAGAGUGGAAUGAUGGUCUACUAUCAUCGCUCUUCCGACAAAUCAAUUCUACAGGUCAAGGAGAGACCGCUGAGGAGCAACGCUAUCUUGUUUUCGAUGGGGACGUGGAUGCCCUUUGGAUUGAAAACAUGAAUAGCGUGAUGGAUGAUAACAAACUGCUUACUCUUGUUAACGGGGAGCGUAUUCGACUGCAGCCAAAUUGCGCGCUCCUUUUUGAGGUUGAUAACCUACAGUAUGCCUCACCAGCCACGGUCUCUCGUUGUGGCAUGGUGUACGUACGUGCGGUCACAGACGAGAGCCAAAGGCGUAGCCUCGAAGGGCUCUUCAACAAAUAUGUUCCAUCCCUGAUAGACUUUAUUUUCGAUGGAAUCCUGCCUACAGCAGGGUUUCGUUCAGGAACUGGGGCUCGCCGAUGCCGAGAUGAAGAGGAAAAGAAGUUCACAUCAGAUGUUGGGGAAGGAAAAGAAGAUUUUGGUGGAAGCGUCGCCGAGCAUGACAGGGGCAAACGUGGAAGAGGUGGGGAUAGUGAUAGGAUGAAACCAACUGGUAGAUUAAAACCAAUAAUUCCCCUAGUCAAGUUGAACAUUGUCAGCCAGCUCUGCGCUCUUCUUAAGAUGCAACUGAAUUGUGGCCAUGAGCCGGGCACCACACCUACCAUCUCUGCUGACUGGGAUGACGCAAGCGGUUUUCCGACUUCAGUUGAACCUACAGCUGUCAUCGGCACUACGGAUAAGCUCACCUCUAUUCCUGUUGUAUUCGAUCAGCAAGGGCAUCCAGCGCAAGAGAAAAUUGAAGGAAAACCAAUUAACCAAGAAACUGGUCUUGUUGGCGAUAUCGUAUGUAUGUAUUAG